ACCAAAGAAAUAUACAGAUGUCGUUCUACGGCAGUGGUCCUGUACGAUCUCUUGUCGUGCGUGGUCCUCCCUUUCCCCCACUCUCACCGAGAAAAGCAAGUGGUAAUCGUCCGGAGGAUGAGACCGGCUCAUCUUACGUUCCUUUGGCCGUACGCCCCCCACGACGGAGGUGAUACUAUUCCUGGUUCCGUACCUGACAUCCGUCGCAAUUCCUAUGGUUGGCACGCCUUGGGCGUCCAAGGGAAAGCCGUCCACCAACCCUUUCUGCCGUGACAUUCCGAUGCACGAUUUGCUCUGGAACCUAACACUUGCUUCAUGUUAGCGCACUGGGUAAGGAUCGACAAGGGUUAUCGCAACGAGCCUAGCGCGCGCGUCUUAUCGAUACUGGUCCAUCUGCAGGAACCAAAGACGCCAGGGGGAGGACGUCAAACUUUCAAC